AUGGGGCACUUGACCACCCUUGCGACCUGUUCGCUCAAUCAAUGGGCAAUGGAUUUCAUUGGUAACCAAAAGAAUAUCAUUGAGUCUAUUCGUCAGGCCAAGGCGAAAGGUGCUUCCUUGAGAGUUGGACCUGAAUUAGAGAUCACGGGUUAUGGAUGCCUUGAUCACUUCCUCGAGUCAGACACCUUGUUGCAUACCUGGGAAUCCUUGGCCGAGAUCAUUGUCCACCCAGAUUGCCAAGAUAUUCUGCUUGAUAUCGGUCUCCCAGUCCGCCACCGUGAUGUUGUCUACAAUUGCCGUUGCAUUGUCUAUAAUGGUCGGAUCUUGCUCAUCAGACCCAAGAUGUCUCUCGCUAAUGACAGCAAUUACUACGAAGCUAGAUACUUCGUACCAUGGAAAGGUUCAAGAAUUGUCGAGGAUUUCUAUCUUCCGCGAAUGAUUGAGAAGCUGCAUGGACAGAGGAAGUGCCGAAUCGGGGACGCAGUUAUCAGUACCCGCGAUACGUGUCUAGGUACUGAAACCUGUGAAGAGCUCUGGACUCCACACAAUCCUGGAAUUAACUAUGGUCUUGAUGGUGUCGAGAUUCUGAGUAAUUCCUCUGGUUCUCAUUGGGAGUUACGAAAGUUACAUACUCGCGUUGAGCUCAUUCGUGGCGCAACAACUAAAGCUGGUGGUAUCUACUUGUAUGCCAAUCAGCAAGGCUGCGAUGGAGAGCGGAUGUACUAUGAUGGCUGCGCGAUGAUCGUCGUCAAUGGAAAGAUUGUUGCACAAGGAAGUCAAUUCUCACUUCACCAGGUCGAGGUUGUCACUGCCACUGUGGACUUGGAGGAAGUGAGGACGUAUAGGAACUUCAAAUCUCGUAACAUGCAGGCCAUCAAUCAACCUUCGUUUGAGCGUAUCGAAGCGGAUAUUUCUUUAUCUGAUGACGCUGAAGACGUGGAUCCAUCCAUCGCGCCCACCCAAGAAAUUGAGGUGAAAUAUCACCUACCAGAAGAAGAGAUUAGUCUUGGUCCUGCCUGUUGGAUGUGGGAUUUCUUGCGGCGAUCACGUCAAGCAGGUUUCUUCCUACCCCUCUCUGGAGGCGUCGACAGCUGUGCCACAGCCGUAAUUGUCCACCAAAUGACACGACUCGUCUUCCAAGCUGUUACCGAAGAUAAGGAUCCUCAAGCCAUCUCCGAUAUGCUCAGAGUAUGUGGUGAACCGUCGACAAGUACAUGGCGCCCAACGUGCCCGCAAGAUAUUGCGACUCGCAUGUUCCAUACUACGUAUAUGGGAAUGAAAGAGAACUCGAGUCCGGAUACACGGAAGCGUGCAGCAGAUUUGGCCGCUGCUAUCGGUUCUUACCAUAUCGAUUUAGACAUUGAUACUGUCUAUCACGCUUUAGUGACGCUGUUCACCACUGUCACGACAUUUGUGCCAAAAUACUCCAUGUAUGGUGGCACUCCAGCGACCAACUUAGCAUUGCAAAACAUCCAGGCACGUUUACGCAUGGUCAUGGCAUAUCUUCUGGCUCAACUCCUCCCAACUGUUCGACAACGCAAUGCAAAGAACCCCGAGAAUUCAAAUCCUGGCUCACUACUUGUGUUGGGGUCUGCCAAUGUUGACGAAUCACUCCGGGGAUAUCUGACUAAGUACGAUUGUAGUUCAGCGGACAUUAAUCCAAUUGGUGGAAUAUCUAAGAUUGACUUGAAGCGGUUCAUUUUAUGGGCUGAUGGUUCAUUCGACAUGCCUCUGCUCAAGUCUUUUGUCUCCGCACCACCGACCGCAGAGUUGUUACCCAUUACCGAAGAAUACGUCCAAGAUGACGAAACUGACAUGGGCGUAACCUACGCCGAGCUCUCCACCUACGGCACCCUACGCCGAGUCGAACGCCUCGGUCCCUGGGGCAUGUGGUCCAAACUCCUCCACCAAUGGUCCGACAAGCUCUCCCCAAAAGAUAUUUAUACCAAAGUCCGCUUCUUCUUCUACAACUACGGCAUCAACAGACACAAGCUGACCACCCUUACACCGAGCGUGCAUGCGGUUAACUACGGAGUUGAUGAUAACCGGUAUGAUAUGCGGCAGUUCCUGUAUCCGUCGAUGGAUUGGGCGUAUAGGAAGAUUGAGAGGAGGUUGGAGGCGAUGGGGGAGAGGGCCGAGGUUGUUGCAGAUACCGACAGAAGAAAAGAACACACUUUAUAA